AUGAAUAGAAACUUAGUUUUAGUUAUCUUUACUUUAUAUAUUGCUUCUACCUUUGUAGUUGCCGAUGAGAACGUGUGCGCUGCUGUUCUUUGCCAACCAGUUAGCAGAUUAAGAUGUCUUGCUAUUGGUGGUGUCUUUAUUCCAAAGAAUAUUGCAAAUGGUGAUUGUUGUGAUAGAUGUAAUCCACCAUGUUCCACUGUGAAAUGCGCUGGUGUAGAUGAACGUGUUUGCACUGCCAACGGUGGUUCCUAUGUACCAAGCAAUCCAGCUAGAGGACGCUGCUGCUCCGACUGUGUCUAUGGUCCAUCCUAUUGCGCCGCUGUGCAAUGUCUUGCUGUAUCUGAAGAGAAGUGUAAUGCUGCUCUUGGAGAAUUCAUUCCAGCUGAUCCAGUGCAUGGACGUUGUUGUAAUACAUGUCUUAAUGCUUGUCAAACAAUCAGAUGCGUUGGUGCCAAUGAGACUGAAUGCGCUUUGAACAACGGACAAUUCUUGCCAUACAAUCCAGCAGCUGCUCAAUGUUGCUCUGAUUGUAUCUAUGAUCCAUCAAUCUGUGCUGCUACCCUAUGUUUGGCUGUCUCUGAAAAACAAUGUAAAGCUGCUCUUGGAGAAUUCGUUCCUGCUGAUGUAGCUCAUGGUAAAUGUUGUGAUACAUGUCUUAAUGCCUGCCAAACCAUUAAGUGUGUUGGUGCCAAUGAGACUGAAUGUGCCUUGAACGGUGGUCAAUACUUGCCAGCUAAUGCCGCCGUGGGUAGAUGUUGCGCUGACUGUGUCUAUGACCCAGAGAUUUGCAAUUUGGUUGAUUGUUUGAAUGUCAGUGAAGAAGAAUGUGCCAAUGUAGGUGGAGAAUACACUCCAGCUGAUCCGGUACAUGGCCGUUGUUGUGCCCAAUGCCACACUAGAUGCGAAACUGUCAAGUGUAUUGGUGCUAAUGAAACCGAAUGUCUUUCCAAUCCAGGAAAUAUCUAUGUUCCAGCCGAUCCAAGAAAUGGUGUCUGCUGCUCGUACUGUGAUGUCAGAAUGACUAUUGAGCCACAAACCACCCGUUUCACCAUCGAACCACAACCAACUCCAACUCCAACCUCAUUCUGUAAUGGUGUUCGUUGCGCAUACGUUGAUCCAAAGAAAUGUAGAGCCACCGGUGGAUUCUUUUCACCAGCCGAUCCAGCUAAUGGUAAGUGCUGCGAUUCAUGUGAGCGUAGAGUAACUAUCGAACCACAAUGCAGUCUUGUUAAAUGCAUUUUCGUUGAUGAAGCAAAAUGCAGAGAAUCCGGUAAUUUCUACGUACCAGCUAAUCCACCUUCAAAGUGUUGCGCUACUUGUGAGCCACGUUUUACCAUUGAGCCACAAACCACUUCCGUUUCAAUUUAA